AUGUCCGAUCAAAUAUAUCCGCCGCCGCCGCCGCCGCCGAUUGGAGGUAAAUUAGAAGAAGCCACUGGCUUAGGGAAGCGGGCGGGCGGCGAGCUGGGGCCUGAGCCCAAACGCAGCAGGCCGGACGGAUCAUUAGAAAAAGUUAAUCCGGCAGUGCUAGCUGCAGCCCAAAACGUCCAGGAGUGGAUCGCGGCCCGCCGCAAGAACUGGCCGACCACAGAGCGGACACAGGAGCGCCAGAGCGCGGGCGAGCCCGUUGCCGACACAAAGGCCGCACAGCCCCCGCGGCCGCCCAAAAUAUGCCGGUACUUUGCCCGGGGCAAAUGUCGGUCGGGCGACACCUGCCGGUUUGCCCACGUCGACGCGGCCGCGGCAGCCGCCCAGCCAACUAUUUAUAAGAGAUUCGAGCCGCCCGUGCGCAGCUCGCUGUUUAUCAAGCUCAUGCAGACCGACCACGACGGCGAGGACGCCCGGAUCCUCAGCCUGAUUGCCGAGCUGGAUGCGGCGGGGAAACUAGACAAAUAA